CCACGUUUCCUUGUUUGCUCACCCUCCAGUUCACCUGGUUUCUUUUUUAGGUUUGCAUGAUUAUUGGAUUCCGAUCUAGGAGGCGGUUAUAACCGAGCGAGGGUUUGGUUAAGACCCCGCAAACUUGAAUCACUGGUGUGGGAUCCCCUCCCAAGUUGUAAAACGAGAUCCCAAACUUGUCUAGAAUGCGCUUCUAUUGAGGUAAAAGGGCUGAAAAAAUUGGACAGCUUUCACUAUCGACACAGAUCCACAAGGGGCAUAUACGAAUGUUGUCGGUCAAUAAGUUGACCCAGUUAAAUAACACCAUUUUCAAGUACCAGAACAACACCAAACACCCUUGGAGAUAUUGGACUUGAUCCAGUGUUCAAUUUGACGACCUCCAGGCAAGACAUCGGUGAGUGAUGUCGGAGAAGUAUUACACCAUCGGGGUGCCCAUGAACGCAUUGCCAAGGCCGCAAACCAGUUCCAAUUACAGCCGAAUCGAAUCCGCACUGAAUGGUCAGCAAAGUUCCAAUGGGAAUUGUUCGGUCAAGUUCCACGAUUGCUCGUUGAACGCUAGUCUGACCAAUAUUCGAGAUUUGAACGGACUUUCCAUUCGGGUGUCAAGUGCCAAUGCUGCUCUUCAAAUCUGCACCCUCGGCAAGGACGACUUGGUCCAUUCUAAAGAUGCCAAGUUCUCAUCGGGAACGCAUCUCUCAUGUCCAUACAUUGGUUGCAACUUUAAAAAUUCGCAAUUUCAGUCAGCCGGGAAGUUUCCAGCGGAGUUUCUCCUCAAUCAUUUGCACAGCAAUCAUCGCCACCGCAGAUUCAAUGGAGACACUCUCGAUCUAACUAUGGUGGUCCCUCAAUUGGAAACCGAAGUCAGAGGUCAAUCCCAAGCAACGCAAACCUCCAAAUCAAAUAAUGUGGAUGCCACCCAAACCUGGCCUUUCGUCGAGAUUUACAGUCACAAACGUCACUUCUACCUUGAGGUUCAAUCCUUCACAUUCGACGGAUUCGGAGAGCUCUUUUUGUGGUUGUGGUUCUUGGGCCCCGAAACGGAGGAGCUUCACUAUCGAUAUCAGUUGAUGGUGAUCCACGGGAAAAGCGAAUACAGUUACAAGGGUCCCGUGAUCUCCAUGACCAAAUCGGCCCAAGAUAUCCGCACUGAGGGUCGAUGUUUAGUGAUCCGCGAGCGAGUGUGGGAUUAUAUCAGCUAUAAACUUAAAAUCACAAAGCAUUAGAACUUUGAUAAAUAAACAACACUUCCACAAGCAUGAAUUUACCAUGAAGUGGGAGCAGUCAACAUUUUUGACUAAAUGGCUCGUGCUGAUUAUCAACUUAUAACACGUAUCAAAUACAAUAUCACACGCAAAUUAAAUUAUGAAUCAAUUUUUCAGUGUUGAAGUAUUUUCCAAGUGAACUUUAAUUCAGAGACACUUUCCUAUUGUCCCUAGCCCCCUAAAAAAGAGAAAUUGUGGUUCCCAAGAUUUCAUUGCAAUUCUAUUUUUUUUCUACAUAUGCUGCACAACAUAGAGCCUCUUAGGAUGAAAUCCAACGCAAAACUCGAGCUUUUCCAGUUCUGUGGUGUUCCCUUUUCCCGCUGUU